AUGGACAGAAUGAAGGAUGCAGCAUUGAAGAUACUUUAUGUGCAUGAUAACCAGCUUCUAGCCGGUGGGAUGCAUGCAGGGAAGGUCAUGAAAGGCGAGGAGAUCAGUGUUGUUCCCAAUCGGUUUCUGGAUGUCAGCCUUUCUCCAGUCAUCCUGGGUGUCCAGGGAGGGAGUCAGUGCCUGUCGUGUGGCACAGGGCAGGAACCAACUCUGAAACUAGAGCCAGUGGACAUUAUGGAGCUCUACUUCAGCCACAAAGAAUCCAAGAGCUUCACCUUCUACAGGCAAGACACAGGGCUCACCUCUAGCUUCGAGUCAGCCGCCUUCCCGGGCUGGUUCCUCUGCACUGUGCCCGAAGCUGACCAGCCUCUGAGACUCACCCAGCUCCAGGGAGAUGACAGUGGGGACAAUCACAUCACGGAUUUCUACUUCCAGCAAUGUGACUAGGGCAAGGCACCCCUCAGGGUCUUGUGGACAGAGCUGACCGGGGCAAGUGGAGGAGGAGGAGGCCCAGGUGACCGCUCCACCUCUGUUCUUGGGCUCCCACCUGAUUGGCUGGGCACAUAGCCGC